AUGACUGUAUUUUUAGCAUUGCUCAAUGAAAUUAAAAGUCGUCAAAUGGAAUUUAUGAAAGCUUUUAAUAGCGGUAAUACCAGUGCAGCUGUAUCGCUGUAUGAACCCGAUGCAUAUAUGAUGCCGUUUUAUAAAGAACCUGUUAAAGGCAGAUCCGAACCUUCUAAACUUGUUAAUGUUUCAGGUAUUGAAGCAUAUUUUAAACAGGAUAUCGCAGAAGGCGUACGAAAUGUUCAAGUAAUCACCGAAGAUGUAUGCGGUAAUGGUGACUGGGCUUAUGAACGUGGAAGCUAUCAAUUGGACGGUUCACUGGGUCCAGAGACUGGAGCUUAUCUGUUGGUAUGGAAGAAAAGUGGUGGUCAAUGGUAUAUUCACGCAGACUGCACAAAUGUCAUAAAGCCAGCUAAACAGUAA